UUAGGGCAUCUGUCGUGUUGUCAUUGGACUAAUAUUUGGAUAGUCGUUGUGAAACUGCUGUGGAAUCAAUACGUUGCAAAAAUGGGACGAAGACGUGAUCAGUGCCUUGAGCGCCAUGUGAAAAUCAUCUUCAUUGUUGUAUCAAUUAUUUUUUGCAGAACGGUUUGGGCACAAAUACGUUACUCGAUUUCUGAAGAGCAAAAUGACGGAGCUGCUGUGGGAAAUGUUGCAAAGGAUUUGGGUAUUGAUCACAAAACACUAAAGGAGCGAGGAUUUCGUAUCGUCUCGACUUCAGGCGAGUCAAUGUUCAGUGUAAAUCAGAAUGACGGUGUCUUGAAUGUGAACGGUAAAUUAGAUAGGGAGGAGGUGUGCGAAAGAAGCACCCCGUGUUUAAUACAUUUAAAAAUUGCAUUAGAAAACCCUCUCGAGAUUCAUUACGUGACUGUUGAUGUAAUAGACGUGAAUGACCACGGUCCGAGAUUCCCAGAGCAGGAAAAGCAUUUAGAAAUAAGUGAAACGGUGCUUCCCGGUGCGCGAUUCCAGCUUCAGGCUGCGCGCGAUCCAGACAGUGGCAGUAAUUCAGUUCAGACUUAUAAACUGAGCCACACCGAUUAUUUUCGUAUUGAAAUUAUAGAUCGUGAUGAAGACGGCAAAGCUCCCGUGUUGGUCUUACAAAAGCCGCUCGACCGAGAGAUUACAAAAAGUAUGAAAUUGCAGAUGACUGCUUUAGAUGGAGGCAGACCACCAAAGUCUGGAACUAUGGAUAUUGUGAUUGAUGUGUUAGAUAUAAACGAUAAUGCCCCUGAUUUCACUAAAGCUACUUACACUGUUACGCUGAAUGAAAACGCACAUGUAGGCACAGUAGCUUUAAGGGUGAACGCAACUGAUUUGGACGAAGGUCAGAACGGGGAAGUAGUUUAUUCAUUAGGACACAAUGUUAAUUACAAGUUGCGUAAACUUUUUGAUGUCAAUCCAAUCACUGGAGAAAUUAUUGUGACAGGUCUUUUGGAUUUUGAGAUAAAAGAUAAAUAUCAGAUUGACAUUCAAGCAUCAGACAAAGGAAUUGUUCCUCUAACAACAGAUCAAAUUAUAACUAUAAAAAUUGCUGAUAUAAAUGAUAAUCCCCCACAGAUAGAAGUGACAUCAUUCUCAAGUGCCAUUCCUGAAGACUCCAAACCUGGCACAACCGUGGCUUUAAUAAGUGUCUCUGAUUUAGAUUCUGAAAUAAAUGGGAGAGUCACCUGUUCAUUCCCAGAGGACAUACCUUUCAAACUAAUGCCGUCAUCACAAGAAAAUACGUACUCGUUAGUGACAACUUCAUCUCUUGACAGAGAGACAAUUUCUUGCUAUGACAUCACAUUAGAAGCCAAAGAUGCUGGUCAGCCACCACUGUCUUCUGUUAAAUCUAUAACUGUCCAGGUAUCAGAUGUUAAUGACAAUAGUCCAGAGUUCUCUUUUUCCCCUUACGCAUUUUAUGUGAUGGAGAAUAAUGCUCCAGGCAAAAAUUUAUUUUCUGUGUCUGCCUCUGACAAAGACACAGGUGAAAACAGUGUAGUCAGUUAUCAAAUAUGGAGAGAUGGUGUAGAAAACAAAUAUACAUCUUUCAUUAAUAUUAACUCUGAAAAUGGUGAGAUUUAUGCACUUAAGAGCUUUGAUUUUGAAACUGUUAAAACGUUCCAGUUCCAAGUUGUUGCUACAGACUCUGGAACUCCGUCUCUGAGCAGUAACGUGACAGUGAACGUGUUUAUUCUGGAUCAGAACGACAACGUUCCAGUGAUCUUAUAUCCAGUCAGCGCUAACGGUUCUGCUGAGGGUGUGGAAGAGAUUCCCCAUAAUGUGAACGCAGGUCAUUUGGUGACUAAAGUCAGAGCCUAUGACGCAGAUAUAGGAUACAACGGCUGGUUAUUAUUUUCACUGCAGGAAGUUAGUGACCACAGUCUCUUUAGUUUGGACCGCUAUACAGGACAGAUAAGGACCCUUCGCUCAUUCACAGAAACAGACGAGGCCCAGCAUAAACUGCUCAUACUGGUCAAAGACAAUGGGAAUGUUUCACUCUCAGCAACAGCUACUGUGAUUCUCAAAGUUGUGGAGCCAAAAGAGGCUAUUGCAGCUACUGAUGUAAAAAAUGCAGUAAGAGACGAGGAGGAAACCGACGUGACAUUUUAUUUGAUCAUCACUUUGGGUUCGGUUUCAGUGCUUUUUGUCAUCAGCAUCAUCUUCUUGACUGUAAUGCAGUGUUCUAAAUCGACAGUCUAUUCGUCCAAGUAUUUACAGGAUACAAAUUACGACGGGACUAUGUGUCACAGCAUCCAGUACAGAUCUGGAGACAAACGGUACAUGUUAGUUGGACCCAGAAUGAGUAUCGGCUCUACUAUAGUCAGUAAUGGAAAUACUCUAGUGAUCCCAGACCGCAGGAGGAGAGAUUCUGGGGAGGUAAGAAAUGUUAAGGUUUGA